CAACGCCAGAGUACAUCUUUCAGUGUGGGACGACGCGUUUCGGAUUGGAAGUUAAAAUUUAUGUUUUUCUCAGGUGUUUCUGAUAGGCACAUUACUUGUAACAUUUUUGGCCACGUCAUCUUGAGAUAUGGGAUCAGUUGUGAGGAACAUACUACUUCUUAUCGUGCUUUGGAUCUCAUGUGUAUAUGGUGAUAGUCGAUAUCUUAUAAAAGAAUAUGCUGAUGGAAAACAUUUUUGGGGUAAAAAUUUUACGGUCAUGGAAGGCAAAAACGUUACAUUUUCUUGUGGGUCUAAAUCGCAAAAGCGUCAUAAGGACAUUUCAUGGUUCGCAUCUGUAGAAGAAAGAAAAAUUGCUGGUACAAUGUACAAACAGUUGGACAUCAUUAAGAGACGUUUUGGACAAAAAGCGGUCCUCAUACGUGGUGGGCGAUAUUACAGCGGUCGACCUGAAGUAAUUCCCAACACAUUCGAUAUCAAGUUGAACAACAUAAGUAGAUACAUAGCUGGGCGAUACAAAUGUUUGGUAAUAUCGUUGAUGCGCAAUACGACUUACGCAGAAUUGACAGACCACAUUGUCAUUGUGAAAUCAAAACCAAAGAUUGAGUCAAAAAAUGAAACCAACAUGAAAAUCAAGGCUCGUGAAAAACUAAACAUGGAUUGUGUUUCAUCUGGAUUUCCAAAACCUUUGAUCACGUGGCGUCGAGUGGAUGGUCGGCCGUUGCCUGCCAGAAAACUUACGCAUUCAACUGGCUUGUUAUCCAUAUCUGAUGUCGGACAGCAAGAUCGGGGAGAUUACGAGUGCACUUCAACUAAUAUAUAUGGCCGUGAUACUAAAAUAUAUUCUGUUGAUAUGACAGUUCCUCCACGAUUCAUAUCAAAUGGCAACUCGUUUGCGACUGUUGGAAAAGAUGGAGUCGUUGCUUGUGUAGCUGUUGGUCUUCCAAGGCCAAAAUUUUCAUGGAGAUGGAUUGACGACAAGGGCUAUGAGCAAAGGCUGUCGAGUGCAGAGGGUUUAGUAGGAAGAUAUCAAGUGAAAACGAAGCAUUACUUUGAAAAUAGCACGAGUUUUUUGAUGAUAAAGGACGUUGAAAAAGAAGAUCUACGUUCUUACCGUUGCAUGCUAGGCAAAGACGACAAACCACAAGAAAUAAAUUUGCGUGGUUACAGUAGACCAUCUGCUCCCAUAAUCCAAACAGUGGUUUCGUACAGAAGAAAGAUUACUUUGAGCUGGAAACUGGCUGAGAAAAACGGUGGAAAGCCCGUAACGUCAAUGACAAUUCAAUAUAAGCCAUACAACACUACAAGUCAGUUUCAAAAGAUACCUAUACUUAUUGAAAAGCGCCCUGUCUACACAAUAACCGGCUUACGACCAAACACAGAAUACCAUAUACAGUUGAUCGCUGUGAAUGAAAUCGGCCCGAGUGAUCCAAGUGUUCCAGUAAUAAAGAGAACUGGUUUAGGUAGACCAUCUGCUCCCAUAAUCCAAACAGUGGUUUCGUACAGAAGAAAGAUUACUUUGAGCUGGAAACUGGCUGAGAAAAACGGUGGAAAGCCCGUAACGUCAAUGACAAUUCAAUAUAAGCCAUACAACACUACAAGUCAGUUUCAAAAGAUACCUAUACUUAUUGAAAAGCGCCCUGUCUACACAAUAACCGGCUUACGACCAAACACAGAAUACCAUAUACAGUUGAUCGCUGUGAAUGAAAUCGGCCCGAGUGAUCCAAGUGUUCCAGUAAUAAAGAGAACUGGUUUAGCUUCACCUUCAACCGGCAAGGGUAAGGCCAAAGAAACGGAUAGAAUUGUGUUGUAUGCUGGCGUGGCAGGAGGGUUUCUCGUGCUUAUUAUUGCCAUUAUCGUCGUGUGUAUAUUUAUGAGGCAAAUACAACGAAACAGCGCUAAAAAAGCGGCUGAAAAUGCCCAGCGUUUGGUAGGAAAGAGUGAAACUGAUGACACCACGGCAUUGAUAAACUUCUUGCAGAAAGGUGACCGUCUAUCGACUAACACUGGGUCAGGUACUGGGGUUGUUCUUCAUUUGACUACUUCAAAUAAAUGGGAAUUUCCAAGAGAGAGACUUGUGCUACAAAAUGUACUUGGCUCCGGUGCUUUCGGUAUUGUCAUGAAAGCUGAAGCAGAAGGAAUUAGCGGCUAUAACUCUGGUAGCACGCCCGUUGCUGUAAAAUUUGUUAAAGAAAAUGAAAGUGCAUCUUCGAAAAAAGACCUCAUUGCUGAACUGGAGUUGUUGAAGCUGAUUGAACCUCAUAAAAAUGUUAUCAAUUUGAUGGGCUGCUGUACAAAAUCAGAACCGUUGAUGGUCAUUGUCGAAUUUUGUGCCUAUGGUGACCUUCAAAGCUUUCUUCGAGCUAGUCGUGGUGUAAGAGAUCAGUAUUACUUGGAUUGUUAUAAGCGUCCGUCAUCAAGAUUGACUUCGAAUGAGUUGCUCAUGUUUGGUACUCAGAUUGCCAGAGGAAUGGCGCACCUCGCAAAUUUAAAGGUUAUCCACAGAGAUUUGGCGGCAAGAAAUAUAUUGGUUGAUGAAAACAAAAUUUGCAAAGUUUCAGACUUUGGAUUCGCACGAGACAUAUUCGUCGAAGAUCAUUAUACUCGUAAAACAGCGGGUGGACGAUUCCCUAUCAAAUGGAUGGCUAUUGAAUCCUUAUUAGAUGGAAUUUCGACAACAAAGAGCGAUGUAUGGUCUUUUGCUAUCGUGUUAUGGGAAAUCAUUACUCUCGGUGCAUCUCCUUAUCCUGGUAUGAACUCGCAAGAAGUUGUCAGCUUUUUACAGAAUGGAAUGAGAAUGGACAAACCCAAGCAUUGCAGUGACGAAUUGUAUAACCUUUUGAUGGAUUGCUGGCAUAUCGCACCUCAUCGUAGACCAAACUUUGAAAUGCUCGGCCGUUACUUGGACCGAAUGUGUAACGACGAUUUUGAAUACAUCAACAUGAGAACAUACGAUGAUCAUUUAUACAUCAAUUUUGAUGGCAAUACUGUGUCAGAGGGAAGUAAAAGCGGAUCUUUAACAAAGCAAAAUGAUUAUAUAAAGGAUGGUGAGAAUGAGAAAGAGGCUUUAAUGAAAGAUAAUUUGUCAUAAAGUAGUCUUUUAGUUUCAUAAAUCAACUUAUUCGUCGUCGGUAACGAAAAUUAUGCAAAUUUUCUGUUUAAUUACUCCAAUGACGAAACUGAAACUAGGAAUUUAGAUGUCGGCCCCGUGAUCAGGUGUACAAUUAGCGAAGAGAAGUUGUAUCAAGAAACAUUCUACGUUCUGAGGGCCCGAUGAUUUUAAACAAGCACUUCUUAAUUUCUAUUUUAUAAAUUAGCACAACUGCAUUGAUCUUAAGAUAAUUUUAUGUAACCAGUCCACUUACACUGUUUACUUCCACGCGGAAUUGCUUUUAGGAGGUAUGGGUCGGGACGGAAAGGGCAUAUUGUGCACUCUGUUGUUCACAUCAAUUAAUUCAAAUGCCCAUAAGCUUUGGGGUUAGCGCAAAUAUCUCUUGCCAGAAGAUAAGAUUCGAUAUGGCACGUCAUUUUACAAAUAUUAAUACUACCAUUGAAA